AUGACGUACUCCAGCGAUGCAAACUCGGAGAAAUUGUCCUUAAGGGACGAGAAGAUCGUGUCCGACGAGUUCAUCACCCCUGGAGAAAUACUCAACAAGCUAGGACCACGGAAUCCAUUUCUAUUGUCGUGUGUUCUUAUAACCGGACUCACAUGGACUGUAGAAUCGAUGAAUGGCAUGAGUGCAGCAUUCAUCACUCAAAGUUGUGAGAAUUGCUCCGAUAUGGUGUCGCUCGUCGACGAAUAUGAUCUCCGCGGUCCACAUGCCUACCUCUCUGACGCCACCACCACGGCGUUUAUGAUUGGCAAUGGUUUUGGUGGGACGUUUGUCUCUAAAAUGGCAGAUCGGUAA